ACUGCUGUCUUCUUCAAUCCCUUUUACAACCUCCGAAAGACCACAAAUCUGCGACGCUAUAUUCAGUUCGAUUCACAUAAGCUUCUUCUCUCUUUAAGAGACCAAUCCAAUCAUUAUGCCUGUGUCAGAAAGUGAAGGACUGUCGGAGGAGUGCGCGGAGAUUGUUACAACAGCUGAUUGUCUUGAUGGUUCUUUGAUGUUCCAUCUCGUCACUGACAUUCUAGGGUUUGUCCUCUUUAUGCACCAGCAAAUUCCAUCGCCAUUACAAGAUAUCUGUUUUGAGUUUGAUACUCUCCAGACUAACUACAAAGAGUUGGAGACAGAACUUGAACAUGCUGAAUUAAGGGCAUCUUCCCGGAGGAAGCAUAUUGGAAGGAUGAGAGAGGUCAAACAAGGGAUCAAAAGGCUACAUAAGUUAAUGAACUCAUUUUCUAGCUUCCGAACAUCACUACAACUUGUAAUUAGUGAGAUUCCUGCUAUUCAAUGUGUUAUAGUAACCCUUGGACCAAGUCCAAUACGUCCUCUACACGUUUAUGAGUUGCGUUUUGCGCAUGGUAAAGUUACUUCCGCUGGUGAUUUUGAGACUAAAAGUAAAGCAGCAGAUGGAUUAUCGAGAAAAGCAAUUCGAUCACUGAUCUCGAAAGGUGCGGGAGCAAAUUCUUAUGCAGGUCCUACAAAGUUGUUUAUGCUGAUUAAAGCCCCCUCUUCUUUCAAUCAUCCUCAGCAUUUUCUUCCCAAGCGUGAUUUCAAAUACAACAAGAAGAUAGUACCCUUCCGAUUGCGCAUCAAGUGCAGAAGCCAAGAUCAGGAAGUGAGUCCUCAAACCGCUGAUUCUGACACAAACCAUCGAUUGAACUCUAUUUCUAAUGAUUUUAUCUGGUUUCAAUGCAGACAUGUUAUUACGGGUAUAGCUUCGAGGGCAUCACCGACCGAGGAAUGAAUUCCCUUCUUGCUUCAUUGAUUUAGGUAUUUUCAGUUGUAAAGUCAGUGCUGGGAUGAUUCCAGUUUCCUUUAAAAGUCUCCUUACAUUGAAUACCCUUAGUUCUUUAGUUUGAAUUAAAUACAACUAUUACAAAUGAUCUUUACAAUUUAGAGAAAAUUAAUAUAAUUAAAGAAAUGAUAUAACAUUUGAAUUCAAAAUACGAUUAUUAGAAACGGUCUCGACAAUUAAGAGAAAAUUAAUCUAAUUCCAAAAAUUACCAAAUAAGUAUUUCCAAAUGGCGGUGUUGUGUUUUCUUCUCUAUUGUUUUGUAUAUGAAUAUUAAACACAGAAUUGAAUGAUGAACAUGGAAUU